AGUCACGCUCACAACCACAACAACCGUCGAGUCAAGAUGGCGGCCGAGGGCGAGUACGAGUCCAUCCUGUGCGUCAAACCCGAUGUCAACGUUUACCGCAUCCCACCGCGUGCGUCGAACCGCGCGUACAGGGCUGCUGACUGGAAGCUGGAUGCUCCCGACUGGUCGGGUCGACUGAGGAUCACAGCCAAGGGCAAAGUGGCUUUCAUCAAACUAGAGGACAAAAUCUCAGGUGAGCUGUUUGCCCAGGCACCAGUCAACGAGUAUCCUGGCGUCACAGUGGAGACGGUCAGCGACUCCAGCAGAUACUUUGUCCUGCGGAUACAGGAUGAAAGCGGUCGCAGCGCUUUCAUCGGAGUUGGCUUCGGCGACCGAGGUGACUCAUUUGAUUUCAACGUGGCUUUGCAGGACCAUUUCAAAUGGGUGAAACAGGAGGAUGAAAUCAGUAAAAGUGCCCAGCUCGGGGAUUCAGGACCUAAACUGGACUUGGGCUUUAAAGAGGGACAGACCAUCACGCUCAACAUCGGGCAAGGUAAAAAGAGGGAUAAGCCCCGCCCACAGAGCGCAGGUGGCUUUGGACUCCUCCCACCACCACCUGGAGGCAAGAUAGCCCCUCCCCCUCAAUCAGGCCCAUCCAAUCACAACAUAAUCCCCCAGACGGGAGGCACAGCAACAGGCUUCCUGUUGGAGCUGGACAGCAGCAACUCCAACACAGUGGUUCAGUCAAACCCCAGUUCAGAUCUUUGGGGAGACUUCUCUGCUCCUGCAAGCUCUGUUCCGCCUCCGUCUCGACCACAGAGUGCAACGAACUGGAUCCAGUUCUGAUUGGUCGUCGGUGACGUCGCUUGCGAUUUUCCAUCUCACCUGCAUCUGUUGUCCGUCGCUUCCCGUGCAUCAUCACACCCGAGAGUAAAACUCCCACACCCCGAUUCCCAGAGCCGAGGCAGUGAAACGCCACAGAGGAAGAGUCGUAGCUGUUUCAGACAGGAUAUGAAGUAUUAACUGUGUCAAAGCCAUUACAUGAUAUGAGCCAUUUCCAAUCAUAUGUAAGGGCUACGUCAUGUGUGACGUCCUGAGUAGCAGCUGUUCCUCUCGUUACAUGUGCGCAUCACGUCCCCAGUAGAUGGCGCUCUUUAGCUUUCACCUGGAAAGCUUUUUUUUGGUCACGGCAACAGCUCCCCCUGCAGGCCCUUGCAGACUACUCCAGCUCUGUGACCUACUUUGAAUCAAGUGCUAUGGGCCAUUUUGACGAGUUCAUUGACAUUCUACAAUUGGCACUUACAUUUUAUUUCUUUGUAUAUCAACCUUCUUAUUUCUACUGAGGUGUUUGCUGAUUAAUGACAAUUUUUUUUUUCAGUAUGAAUCCCCAAUUAGGAAAAGAUUGAGACACUUUUGCAGGAGUUUUUCCACUAAGAAAAGCAACAUUUUCAGAUUGAACCAGGGAGUGAAUGAGCCGCUGGUUCCCAAACUCACACUGUGAAUUUCAGAGUCGAACAAGCAGCAGGAAACUCGUCAGUCUAAUGUAAAUGUACAGAAAAUUUCUGUACGUUAAAAAGGCUACUGUUGGUCUAAAUUACAUGAUGAGAAUGUGGGUUGAUUUUCAGACGUGAACCCUCACAUUGUUUUUUUUCUUCUUUAUUGGCUAUGAAAAUUUAUCGUGUAGAUUAAUUUUCACGUUUAAUCGUAAAUUAAAUUUACAAGCUCACUCCAAAGUGGGAUGACUUAUUGUAGAGACAAAGAUACGUUCAUAGAAACACACACAGGGCACAUUAACAUUCCUCCCUGGCAUAUUAAUUUAAAAUGUUUACUCUCUUAAGUCUGUUUUGUUGCAACGCUAGAUUUAAUGAUGGAUGUUGAGAAUAUUCUGUUGCCGCACCUCUCUAAGAUUCUGCCACACGCAUGUUAACCUGCCAUCUUGUUAGAAUAUGAUGGUCACUGAAGUCAGUAUAUUAACAGAUUAAUCACUGGGAGGAGUGUGAUCGAUACAGGAAGUGCACAUGUAUUCAAUUUACCUGCUUUUUCAAUGUUUGUGAAACAACCACAGGGUUGGAAUCACCACUAAAUGCUGAAUGUUUUAUGGAAAUGAGAGUUGAUCUUGAUAGACGAUGCAGUAAUAUGUGAUGUAAACACAGAUUCCGGUGCCUCAUGAGUCUCAAACUGUACUGACUGACAGAAGAUCUGGUCAGUCUGAGGAAAAUAUUUGGAAUUUAAAAGGAUUAGUACGACAUUUUGGGGGAAUGUACUUCUUCGCUUUCUUGCUGCAAGUGAGACGAGUAGAUCAAUACCCCACUCGUGUCUGUGCAUUUCAAAUCUAUCUGGAGGGUGUUUAGCAUAGCUUAGCAAUUAGCAAUUAGCCUGGCUCUGGCUAGCACCUUUGAAGUUAAUCAACAUGUUUUAUUUUGUUUAAAUUUCCCCCCAAAAAGUUGAUCUGAUCCUUUUCAAUUCAUUCCUGAGCAACAUUCAACCUAUAGAAAUAAACCCAAGUCAUAUUGUUUAUUUCAGACUGUAAAGUGAAAACAGAAAUGAUCUUUAACUGAACCCACGUUCACCACACAGUCUCAGGGCUGAAGACGGGGGAACAACAACAUGAGAUGAUGAUUGUCACCUGAUCUGGUCGAAUGGCAGCAGAUGAUAUGUUAAUUUUAAGGCUUUGGCUGAUUGUGAAUUACGUUUACUGGACUGUGACAUGUGAACUGACUGUGAAUUCAUUUUGUCUGCGUAGAAUUUAAAGGUUUGCUGUGAUCAAAUCACUAACUGGCAUUAAGAUUUUAGGGCUGAUUGAUAUAAUAUGUGUGUUUUGUUUACAUUUCUCAUAUUGCUGGGCCUAAAAUAUAAAAAGGAAAAACGUCUCCCAUGUCUCACUCAUUCCACUCUGGCUGUAAAAUCACUGGACUAACACUUUUUGAUUUAUGACCAAUUUAAUGAGAGAGAGGCAAUAAAUCCUUUCAAAGGA